UCUGGUAUCGACGUUCUCUCCGGGAUCGCGACUAAAACCCAUUGGUUCGAUCUCCCGAAUCCAACACGCUCGCAGGUUUGUACAUGGGGUUCGUGUACCAGAGGCUCAAUUUUAGAGUAGUCUCAGGGAGAUGAACGGGAAACAUCUGAGAAUGAUCUUAGGGCUAAUUGUUGGUUUAUUUACCGGGGUGGUUUUGGCUAUAGGUUAUCUACUCUGCAUUAAGUUUCGAAGGAGGCAUUUGGAGACUGGGAACACCAGUUCACCGAAAGUAGCAUCCGUAGCGAUCAUUGCUAAUGCUGUUGAUGCCUCUGUAGUACUCUCAGAUUCAACUAUUGAUCAGCGAUCUCCCAAAGUCGCUCAAGUAAAUUGCACAUUGUUUCUGGAUGGACCUAAUAAGAAGAAUGAUAUCUCAUUUCCUGGAAUACAGAAGUUUGCUUUCAGGGAUCUGCAGAAAGCAACUAGCAAUUUUACAACUGUGAUAGGUCAGGGUGCAUUUGGUAAUGUUUAUAAGGCUCAUAUGUCUACUUGGGUGACGGUUGCUGUUAAAGUGCUUUCUGCCAAUUCUAAGCAAGGGGAGAACCAGUUUCAUAAUGAGGUCAUGCUACUUGGUAGAUUGCAUCAUAGAAACCUUGUAAAUUUGCUGGGAUACUGUGCAGAUAAAGGCCAGCAUAUGCUAGUUUACGUCUACAUGAGUAAUGGUAGUGUUGCUUCUCAAUUAUAUGGUGAGAAACAUGGACCAUUAAGCUGGGACUUGAGGGUUAAUAUAGCUCUAGAUGUUGCAAGAGGCGUGGAGUAUCUUCAUGAUGGAGCUGUUCCACCCGUAGUGCAUUGCGACAUCAAGUCUUCUAAUGUACUAUUGGAUCAGUUCAUGAGAGCUAGAGUUGCGGAUUUUGGGCUAUCCAGAGAAGCGGUGUUUAGCUGCCACACGUCUAAUGUCAAGGGAACUUUUGGCUAUCUUGAUCCUGAUUACGUAUCAUCAAGAACUUUCACCAAGAAAAGUGACGUCUACAGCUUCGGUGUCCUGCUUUUUGAAAUGAUUGCAGGCAGGAAGCCACAACAGGGCCUUAUGGAGUAUGUCGAGCUUGCAGCAAUAAAUGCUGAGGGAAGAGUUGGCUGGGAAGAAUUGGUGGAUUCUCGGCUAGCUGGAGUGUAUGAUGCGCGAGAGGUAAAUGGCAUGGCAGCACUUGCAUACAAAUGCGUCAGCCGAGACUCCAGAAAACGGCCUCCCAUGAGUUACGUAGUUCAGGCUCUGUCGUGUAUUGUGAAGGCAAGACCUAGCAAAAGGCAUCAUGAAAGGAAGCUCCUGCUGACCAAAGUAGAGAACGAGUCCAUAGACCAAGAACUGCCCUACGUUCGGACUUCUUUCUCCGGGCUGCAUUGGGAUGAGUCCAUUGGUAGCUCAGCUGGCCUGCCAGAUGCUUAAUAGCUUCAUUUGUUUUUAAAUUGACGUGUUGUAAUUUGAUAGCUGUUGUUAGUUUACUAUAUGAGUUAAUCUGAGGCCAUUCACGAAUUAUUGUUUGCCAUCCAGUUUCUUGUUUUACA